UCUCAUCCUUAAAAAUGUACAAGAAGAAAAGCCAGCUACCUCCAGGACCCACUCCCUGGUUCUUCCUGGGGAAUCUGCUGCAGAAAGAUGUCCUGCCUCUGAACAAAAACUAUUCAAAGCUGGUUGCGAAAUAUGGCCCUAUGUUCACAAUCUGGAUGGGGCCCAAACCAAUGGUCGUGCUUUGUGGAUUUGAUGUGGUAAAAGAUGCUCUGGUGGAUCAUGCUGAAGCGUUUGGUGGGCGUAUUAACAGCCCCAUCAUUGAUCGAUUGUCCAAAGGCCAUGGAUUGGUCAACUCAAGUGACAUGCAAUGGAGAGAGCUGCGCAGAUUCACAGUUAUGACACUGAGAGACUUUGGAAUGGGGAAGAGAUCAAUGUCUGAGAGGGUGCAGGAGGAAGCUGUUUGUCUGGUGGAGGCAUUGGCAGCCACAAAAGGACAGGGCUUUGAUCCGACAACUAGCAUCACACCUGCUGUUUCCAAUGUGAUCUCUUCAGUCGUCUUUGGGAUUCGCUUUGACUACACAGACAAGACCUUCCUAAAGCACCAACGCAUUAUAGAGAACCAAGUUGGCUUCUUUCAUACUAUCUUGGGACUGGUAGUCAGAAUCUUUGUGGCAUUGUAUAAAAUGAUGGAUUCACAAUAUUUAAGGCUGCGUGUGUCAUCUUCAUUUCAGCUGUACACUGCUGUCCCUAAAAUAUUGGACUGCUUUCCUGGAAGACACCAAAAGAUUUUUUCUGAUAGUGAAGAGUUGUGUGCUUUCAUCCAUGAGAAUAUGAAGCUGCACAGGCAGACACUGGAUCCUCAGAACAUCCGUGACUAUAUUGACUGCUUCCUUAUCAAGUCUGAGAAGGAACAAAAGUCUGCUAGUGACACCUUCAGAACUGAAAACCUUGUCAUGACAGUGUUUGGACUUUUUUUGGCUGGGACAGGAACCACAAGCUUUGCCUUGAUCUCUGGCCUCAUGGUGAUGGCUAAGUUGCCACAUAUUCAAGCAAAAGUCCAACAGGAAAUUGAUGAGGUGACGAGUGCCACCCGUGCUCCUAUCAUGGAAGAUCGUGUGAGGAUGCCUUUCACCAAUGCAGUUAUCCAUGAGAUUCUACGAUACCCACAAACAAGUAAUGAGACCAUUCCCCGUACAACGUCUUGUGAUACAAAAUUCAGGGGGUUCACCUUCUCUAAGGGCACUGUUGUUGCUCCAUUGUUCACAUCUGUGCACCAUGAUCCUCUCCAGUGGGAGACUCCAGAACAGUUUAAUCCAGGACAUUUUUUGGAUGAGAAAGGCCAGUUCAAGAAGAAAGAAGCCUUAAUAGCCUUUUCAGCAGGUAACUAUAUGAGCCUGUGGUAACUUAUGUGCAAACAAUGCCAUUUCCACUUUCUUCUAAAAGACAGUGUACGGAAAGAGAUAUGGCUGUGCUGU